GCGGGCGCCCCGGGGCUAGUCGGGCGGGCGGCGGGCUCCGGCACCGGCACCGGCACCGGCGGGCGGCGGGCGGAGGGCUCCCCGGGGCCCCUGCCGCCCCUGGCCGAGCGGCUUCAAACUUCUCCCAAAGUCGACAUGGAUGCGGCGGCGGCGCUGCCCGUCCUCGCGGCGCUCUCGCUCGCGGCGCCCUGGUCCCCCCUGGGGUCGGCCCGCGGCCAGUUCUCGGCAGGUGGCUGUACCUUUGAUGAUGGUCCAGGGGCCUGUGAUUACCACCAGGAUCUGUAUGAUGACUUUGAGUGGGUACAUGUUAGUGCCCAGGAACCUCAUUAUCUGCCACCUGAGAUGCCUCAAGGUUCCUAUAUGAUAGUGGACUCCUCAGAUCAUGACCCUGGAGAAAAAGCCAGACUUCAGCUGCCUACAAUGAAGGAGAAUGACACUCACUGUAUUGAUUUCAGUUACCUGUUAUACAGCCAGAAAGGGUUAAAUCCUGGCACUUUGAACAUCCUGGUUAGGGUGAAUAAGGGACCUCUUGCCAAUCCAAUUUGGAAUGUGACUGGAUUCACGGGCAGAGAUUGGCUUCGGGCUGAGCUAGCAGUGAGCACCUUCUGGCCCAAUGAAUAUCAGGUAAUAUUUGAAGCUGAAGUCUCAGGAGGGAGGAGUGGUUAUAUUGCCAUUGAUGACAUCCAAGUGCUGAGUUAUCCUUGUGAUAAAUCUCCUCAUUUUCUCCGUCUGGGGGACGUGGAGGUCAACGCAGGACAGAAUGCUACGUUCCAGUGUAUCGCCACGGGGAGAGAUGCUGUGCACAACAAAUUGUGGCUGCAGAGACGAAAUGGAGAAGAUAUCCCAGUAGCCCAGACUAAGAACAUCAAUCACAGAAGAUUUGCUGCUUCCUUUAGAUUGCAGGAAGUGACAAAAACUGACCAGGAUCUGUAUCGCUGUGUAACUCAGUCAGAACGAGGUUCCGGGGUGUCCAAUUUUGCUCAACUUAUUGUAAGAGAACCACCCAGACCUAUUGCUCCUCCUCAGCUGCUAGGUGUGGGGCCCACGUAUUUGCUGAUUCAGCUGAAUGCCAACUCCAUCAUUGGCGAUGGUCCCAUUAUUCUGAAAGAAGUGGAGUACCGGAUGACAUCGGGAUCCUGGACAGAAACACACGCGGUCAAUGCCCCAACUUACAAGUUGUGGCAUUUGGAUCCAGAUACGGAAUACGAGAUCCGCGUACUGCUUACGAGACCUGGAGAAGGUGGGACGGGGCUCCCAGGACCUCCACUAAUCACCAGAACCAAAUGUGCAGAACCUAUGCGAACCCCGAAGACGUUAAAGAUUGCUGAGAUACAGGCAAGACGCAUUGCCGUGGACUGGGAAUCCUUGGGUUAUAACAUCACUCGUUGCCACACUUUUAAUGUCACUAUCUGCUACCAUUACUUCCGUGGUCACAACGAGAGCAAGGCAGACUGUUUGGACAUGGACCCCAAAGCCCCUCAGCAUGUUGUGAACCAUCUGCCACCUUAUACAAAUGUCAGCCUCAAGAUGAUCCUAACCAAUCCAGAAGGCAGGAAGGAGAGUGAAGAGACGAUUAUUCAAACUGAUGAAGAUGUGCCUGGCCCUGUACCAGUCAAUUCUCUUCAGGGAACAUCCUUUGAAAAUAAGAUCUUCUUGAACUGGAAAGAACCUUUGGAUCCAAAUGGAAUCAUCACUCAAUAUGAGGUCAGCUACAGCAGCAUAAGAUCGUUUGAUCCUGCAGUUCCAGUGGCUGGACCUCCCCAGACUGUAUCAAACUUAUGGAACAGCACACACCAUGUCUUUAUGCAUCUGCAUCCUGGAACUACCUACCAGUUCUUCAUAAGAGCCAGCACCGUCAAAGGCUUUGGGCCAGCCACGGCCAUCAAUGUGACCACCAAUAUCUCAGCUCCAACUUUACCUGACUAUGAAGGAGUCGAUGCCUCUCUCAAUGAAACGGCCACCACGAUAACCGUGUUGUUGAGACCAGCACAGGCCAAAGGGGCACCAAUCAGUGCCUAUCAGAUUGUGGUGGAGGAGCUGCACCCGCACCGGACCAAGAGAGAAGCGGGCUCCAUGGAGUGUUACCAGGUGCCUGUCACCUACCAAAGCGCCCUGAGCGGGGGCGCGCCCUACUACUUCGCGGCGGAACUGCCCCCGGGGAACCUCCCGGAACCUGCCCCGUUCACCGUGGGUGACAACCGGACCUACCAGGGCUUCUGGAACCCUCCCUUGGCGCCGCGCAAGGGCUACAACAUCUACUUCCAGGCCAUGAGCAGCGUGGAGAAGGAAACUAAAACCCAGUGUGUACGAAUCGCUACAAAAGGGUAAUAGAUUGGUUCCUGUCUUAUUGGAAUGCAAUACUCAUGACAGCCAAGACAUAAAGAGGAUAUGGACAUUGGCUUGAUUAUUAAAAGAAACAAACAUAUGAAGUCAAUAAUCAAGGUUAUAAUGUCUAAAAUGAAGAAUGAUGUGAACACAUGUUACGAGACAAGAGGUGUCCAGGAAGUUGUAUUCAUUGCAGUCGAGGUCAGUGGUGCUGCCCUCUGAUUCGUGUGUAGGUAAGAAGUUAUUGGCAAGAUGUGUGGCAGGAAUGAAAUGGAAGGGUUGAUCUAAAUCAUGAAAAAACAUGAAAGUCAGUCCAUUUACACAAUAUUUCGUCUCAAACUAGAAUUGCUGUAAACCUAUGAAAAGGACUUUAACCUGCUGUAUCUUCGAAAAGCAGGACAGUAAGUUUCAGGAAAGGUUUUGGUGGUACAUCGAGGAAGCAGGACAACCCUGGAAAGUCCCUUAUGCAGUGAGGUAGGAGCACUGUGCCGCUUGCAUGCUCAGCGUGCUUAGAGGCGAGUCUCUCCAACCUCCACUAAAAAGAAAAUGUUUUCGGUUGUUGAAUGCUGAUUUGCUCCCUGCCUUUUUACAUACAAUUUAUACCAGUGCUCUAAGUCUGUAUAUAUACACAUAUACACAGGCACACACAAUUAUUUGCAAAUUAGUAGCUAAGAUCUUGUGCUUUGUUGCCAUAGAUAAUUUAUCCUGCAAGCACUAUUCUUUUCUUAAGGAAAUUAUCUUAAUGAGUAACGCCUCUAUGGUUAGAUUUAAACAUACCAAUUUAUGCAAAUACUAUAUAAAUUAUAAGAAAAUUUACUCAAAGAAUUUUCAAAAAGUACUUCAGGAAAUAUGCUUUAUCCAUGUUAAACUAACAAGAGAUGCAUUUCAAUUGAAUUUUUAUUUUCUCUUGUUCAAUAAUAUUUAGCAUAUUAUAGCAUUUAAAAUUUUCUUUGCGUAUAAAUAAUAGA